AUGUACCAAAAGGCUGCGGAGUCUUCCCGCCCUCCACAAAGGAAACCAAGGACGAAUCGGCCACCCCCGCCAUCAUGGGGCCGCAGCCAUUUCCCCAUCUUAGGGGGUAAAUCCGACGACCAUCUCAUCAUUGAUGCUCAGGCGCCUGACACAUCUGUGACACAAGAGCCUCCUCCAGCUCCAUCCCCUACGACCACAUUUGCUGCUGCAGCUCAGUGUCCUCCUGCUCAACCAUCUUCUGUGAUGCGUACCAAUGCCCACCAAGCUGAGAGACUGUCUGCAGUUUCCACCCGCCCACCUGCUGCAGUGCCACAACCUUCCAUUGCGGCGCCUUCUCCACCAGCCACCAUGCCCACCCCUGACCGUCGCAGGGUCAAGCAGCCCACACAGGAUGUUCUUCCAGUGAUGGAGACAAAUGAUUCUUUCUGGGAUGAGAUGUGA